GGGGUGGGGGUGGGAGGGGGGGUAAGGAAGCCGGAAGUGGACCGGGCUCUGGCCGAGUCCGGGCGUUGCGGGUUCGGGCUCCGGGCUCCGGGAUCGCUCUGCCGGGGAACCUGGCGGGCGGGCCCGGAGCGGGCAGCAGAGGUGACGGGUCUGGAGCUGCGUGGCGCGACCCCCAGCCGGAGGUUUUCGGUCAGCCGAGUACAGACAGCGGACGAGCAGCGAGCGAACAGUCCCCGAGGAUCGGGCCCAGCCCGGCGGGCUCCCCGGCAUGUACGCCCCGGGAGGUGCAGGGCUGCCCGGUGGGCGCCGACGGAGAGGCCCGGGGGGCAGCGCCCUGCCCAAGCAGCCAGAGCGUAGCCUGGCCUCUGCGCUGCCGGGGGCUCUUUCCAUCACUGCCCUGUGCACCGCGCUGGCGGAGCCGGCCUGGCUGCACAUCCACGGGGGCACCUGCUCUCGCCAGGAGUUGGGAGUGGCCGACGUACUAGGUUAUGUGGACCCAGACCUGCUCAAAGAUUUCUGCAUGAAUCCCCAAACGGUGCUACUGCUGCGUGUCAUUGCUGCCUUUUGCUUCUUGGGGAUCCUGUGCAGCCUCUCUGCCUUUCUUCUUGAUGUGUUUGGGCCCAAGCACCCUGCUCUGAAGAUCACUCGCCGAUAUGCCUUUGCCCACAUCCUCACAGUCCUUCAGUGUGCCACAGUGAUUGGCUUCUGCUAUUGGGCUUCAGAGCUCAUCCUGGCUCAGCAGCAGCAGCACAAAAAGUACCAUGGCUCCCAGGUCUACGUCACCUUUGCUGUCAGCUUCUACUUGGUGGCAGGAGCAGGAGGGGCCUCCAUCCUGGCGACUGCUGCCAACCUUCUGCGCCAUUAUCCCACUGAAGAAGAGGAGCAGGCCCUGGAGCUACUAUCAGAGAUGGAAGAGAAUGAGCCAUAUCCGGCCGAGUAUGAGGUCAUCAAUCAGUUCCAGCCACCCCCUGCUUACACACCAUAAUGCAACUGGCUGGGGUUCUCUCUCCAGCAUCCUGUUCCCAUGCCCCCGUACCUUUACUGCCCCCUGUAAGCAGAAGAGCUCUCUUCUUAUAGCACUUAGCUUGGAUGUCCUGAGAGUCUUCACCAACUCCUCUGAAUGAGAGAUACUACAUCUAAGACUUUUCAUCUGUCUCAUCUCUUGAAAAAGGAAACUCAUUCAUUUAAAAUCUUGUCCUCUUUCUCUCCCCUUCCCCGCCCCCUCCAGGUCUUCUCUGCUCACCACAGCCACUACCAUUGGGGUGAUCAUGUCAGUUUUCUCUCCCUUUGGGUCAUAUUUUUAGGACUGGGAUAUUCUUCCUGUGACUCACAGCAGUUGCCACUCUUGGAGAGAGUUAGCAAUGUCUGUGAAAAGAUAACAUGCUCAUUAACCCCUGGGCAAAGGUGAAUGCGUUCCCUAGACUUGCUCAUUACAGAUACUUUUUUUUACCCCUCAGCUAUAGCUUUGGGAUCAGCUGUAUCUGACCACCCACUUAAACCUGCUCCUUCUCUUGAUCUGCCCCAAACUAUGAUGCACACACAAUAUGAUAAAAAUCUUUGCACUUUAGUCUUUGAGUUUCCUCCUCCCUGAGAAGGUGAGACACUGGUAGGAAACAUAGGAGUCUCUCUCUGUACUCCUUGGUUAAGGUUGCAGGAGCUGAACAGGUAAGAACUGAAUCAGUAGAGGAACUGAUGAGAGCCUGCCUCUUUUGAGGAUGAGAGCCAAUUGGACCAAGUCUCUCCUACCUUUCACCUUUUAAAAUGUGGUGAUUUUAAAGGGGGGAGUGGGGAAACUAUCUUUUUAAGUAGGGACAAGAAAAUUGUAGUUUUUCAUUUUUAUCCUGGUCCCUUGGGCCUCAACAGCGUUUCAGGCCUUAUCCUCUUAUAAGCCCAUCUUCCUUCUUCCUGUUAUCUUUCAUAUCAGAACCCAUCCUUCUACCCUCUAUUAUUGUUUCACCUAUUUUGAGGAGGUUGAGUUAUUAUUAGGUGAUACAAGAUACUCUGCCUUCCUCAUGGGGUGCCAAGGACUGAGCAGCUGCAGUGACCUGGCCAUCAUGGUGCUCCUCGGAACUCACAGUGAGGUUUAAGUCAGCCUCACAUCAGGAACAAUGACAUCAGAAGGUCACAAGACCCUCGUCCCUACCAUUUUACACAUAGGAAUUGAAACUGAUGGGAGACCAUAAAGUGAGGUUUCAGAACUACUUUGUUGGAGACCAGGUCAAUGAAGGAGCUUAUAAGUUAAUAUCCUUCAGGGUCAGACAUGGUAACCGAAACUGCAACUUGGGGUGGAGGCACUACAGCUUGCUGCAUGCCCACUCUUCACCCCUUCUUGAAUGUACCACUAGUUUUGCAUUGUACAACUGGUUCUUUCUUGCCCUGCCCCUUACCUUUGGCCACUGCCGGUCACACCCAUGUCUUUGGCUCUGGCUGAAUUUAGUCUCCAGAAAUCUGAAGCAUGAAGUGGGGAAAACUCAAGAGAUUCUUCCUUACAGCCCAGCUUGUCAGGAAGAUAAUGGAGGCAGCUUUCAGAGUGGAUAAAUUACCAAGUUAUUUUCUUUAAUAUACAUACAGGCAUCUUUGAAAUCAGUGUCCAAAUACUACCCUAAAAGGGAGACUUUUCAGAUUGCCUGCCUGCCUUGCCUCUUCGUUACCCAAGGCUUGAGGUAGUUCAAAGCAAAGGAUUUUGGGAGUCUGUACUGGGUGUUUGGUUGCAAAAGGAAUGUCAGCCUGUUCCCGCAUCAUGUAUCCCCUAAGCCUGGAAUGAACUGAGGUCAGGCUAAUGAGAACUUGUUUUGAUGAAGAUCAUGUCCUGCAUCCAGGCUUUCCAGCUGCCUAGAGUUCCUUACUCUGAUGUUCAAUUGUAAUUACAGUGGUGACUGUCACACUCCAUUGGACUUUUUCUUCUUAUGAAAGAAAAAGUCAAAUAUAAAUAGCCUGUGCAUAAAACAGAGGAACUGUUUUAAGUGUUGUAUAUCUGUCAAGUACUUUCAUUGUUGUUGGCACAUUUCUGGAGCUCAGCCAACUUUCUGUGACCAUCCAUUUUAGAGAAGGCAGCCUGGGAAACUUGGCAUAGAUAACAUCAGUAUGUCCAAAGAUCCUGGGCAUAAACCUUUUGGACUCUUCCCUGCAGUUCAGUUUUUAUUAAUUUUCCAUGCAUUCUCAUUCUUCUUACUCUUGAGACCCACUAUUGAUGGUUUACCAUGUAAAUUCCUCCCAGUGUUUUUUUUUUUUCUAAAGAAAAAUAAAAAAAAUCAAACAGGAAUGUAAAAA